AUUGAUUAGGCAUCAAAUUCCUCUUCGUGCUUCGAGCUGCAAGCCACUAGGUGUAUCCCAGCAUACGUCCUCAAAAUGUCUAUCAAAGGAGCAGAUCAACUGGAGCAAUUCGCCCAAAGUAACCCGAAUCCUGGUAGAGCCACUACAGGGUUUGGUUGCCCGGUUGAAACAUGUACAGCAACAAUGACCGUUGGCGAACGUGGGCCAGUCUUGAUCCAGGAUAAUUUCUUCAUUGAUACAAUGACCCACUUUGAUCGUGAAAGGAUCCCCGAACGUGUGGUACAUGCUAAAGGUGGUGGAGCAUUUGGUACAUUCAAAGUGACACAUGAUAUCACAAAAUACUGCAAGGCAAAAAUAUUCUCUGAAAUUGGCAAGGAAACACCAUGCCUUGUUCGUUUCUCAACAGUUGGUGGUGAGUCUGGUAGUGCUGACACAGCUCGAGAUCCCAGAGGUUUCGCCAUGAAGUUUUACACUGAAGAUGGAAACUGGGACUGUGUUGGAAACAACACUCCAAUCUUCUUCAUUCGUGAUCCCAUCUUGUUCCCAAGCUUCAUUCAUACCCAGAAGAGAAAUCCUGUCACUCAUUUGAAAGAUCCAAAUAUGUUUUGGGAUUUCAUCAGUUUGCGUCCAGAGACAACUCACCAAGUAUGUUUCCUGUUUGCGGACCGUGGUGUUCCAAAUGGUUAUCGCCACAUGAAUGGAUAUGGCAGCCACACCUUCAAGAUGGUCAAUGACAAAAACGAGGCUGUUUACUGCAAAUUCCAUUUCAAGACUGACCAAGGAAUCAAAAAUAUUUUCCAAGCUGAAGCAGAACAGUUGGCUGGAUCUGAUCCUGAUUAUGCAAACAGAGAUCUUUAUGAAUCAAUCACUAAUGGCAAAUUUCCUUCAUGGACAUUGUAUAUUCAAGUGAUGACCUUUGAGCAGGCUGAGAAAUGCAAAUACAAUCCAUUUGAUCUCACAAAGAUUUGGCCACACGGAGAUCAUCCACUUAUCGAAGUUGGCAAAAUGACUUUGAACCGCAAUGCCGAUAACUACUUUGCUCAAAUCGAGCAGAGUGCUUUUGCUCCUGCGAACAUGGUCCCUGGAAUUGAAGCGUCACCGGACAAAAUGCUGCAGGGGCGUCUCUUCUCGUACCACGAUACUCAUAUUCAUCGUCUUGGCCUGAACUACCAUCAGCUCCCUGUCAACUGCCCGUACAAGUGUACACCGAAACAUUAUCAGAGAGAUGGUCCCCAGACGUUCGAAAUUCCAGAUGGUGCACCUAAUUAUUAUCCAAACAGCUUCAAGGGACCAGAGCCUAAUGAGAAAUAUCGCCAUCAUGUCCAAUCGUUCUCCGGGCAAUGCAAACGGUUUGAAUCAGGCGAUGAGGACAACUACUCCCAAGUGACAACAUUUUACAACAAAGUUUUGAACGAUGAAUCACGUGCUCGUCUCGUUUCAAAUAUCGCCGGACAUUUGAAAGAUGCCAAGGACUUCAUCCAAAAACGAGCGGUGAGCAAUUUUGCCCAAGUGAGCCCAGACUUUGGAGACAGGCUGACAAAGGCUUUGGAGGCUCACAAUAAGGCUCGUCUUUGAACUGUGGAUGAGG